AUGCGGUGGAAGCUUAACUCCUCUGUCUACAAGCGCGUGCCAUCCAGGGAAACCGCCAUGGAACCCGACGUCGAGACGCCAAGUUCGUACCCCGCUCGGUUUCCCCCCGUUCCUCUUACCACUGUGAGAAUGACGGACAGCGGCGGCGGCGCGGGGCCGUCGUGGCGCAUGUCCUUGCCGCAUGUCUGUGUCGCCACGCUCACCUCGUUCCUCUUUGGAUACCACUCCGGGGUGGUGAACGAGCCCUUGGAGAGCAUCUCCACUGACCUUGGCUUCACCGGCAACACGCUUGCUGAAGGGCUCGUGGUGAGUAUCUGCUUGGGAGGAGCUUUUGUUGGGUGCCUCUUCAGCGGCUCCAUCGCCGACGGGAUUGGGCGACGCCGUGCGUUCCAGCUCAGUGCACUGCCUAUGAUCAUUGGUGCUGCCAUAAGCGCUCUCACCAAUAGUUUGGAGGGUAUGCUCCUCGGAAGAUUUUUGGUAGGAACAGGGAUGGGAUUGGGUCCACCAGUUGCUUCACUUUAUAUAACGGAGGUUUCUCCUCCUACAGUGAGGGGUACAUAUGGUAGCUUUGUUCAGAUUGCAACCUGCCUUGGAAUUAUAGUAUCACUCCUAAUUGGUACACCUGUCAAAGAUAUCGAUGGAUGGUGGAGAGUGUGUUUCUGGGUUGCCACUAUCCCAGCGACUUUACAAGCUCUUGGUAUGGAGUUUUGUGCUGAGAGCCCCCAGUGGCUCUAUAAGUGUGGAAGAAUAAGUGAAGCAGAGAUGCAAUUUGAAAAGCUUCUAGGCCCCCUUCAUGUAAAAUCUGCCAUGGCAGAACUUUCUAGAUCUGAAAGAGGAGAUGAUGGAGAAAGUGUGAAGUACUCAGAGUUGUUCUAUGGUCGCCACUUUAAUGUUGUUUUUAUUGGCACAACGCUCUUUGCUUUACAACAGUUAUCUGGCAUAAAUUCUGUGUUCUAUUUCUCAUCAACUGUGUUCAGAAGUGUGGGGGUGCCCUCUAACCUUGCCAACAUAUGCAUGGGGAUUUCAAAUCUAUCAGGCUCAAUUGUAGCAAUGCUUCUAAUGGACAAGCUAGGUAGAAAAGUGCUUCUUUCAGGGAGUUUCCUUGGGAUGGCUUUUGCAAUGGUGCUUCAGGCUGUUGGAGCAAACCGUCAGUAUCUUGGUUCUACAAGUGUAUAUCUUUCAGUUGGUGGCAUUCUGUUGUUUGUCUUGUCAUUUUCACUAGGAGCAGGCCCAGUCCCAGGACUUCUUUUGCCUGAGAUUUUCCCCAAUAAAAUCCGGGCUAAGGCUAUGGCUCUCUGCAUGUCUGUACAUUGGAUUGUGAACUUCUUUGUUAGUUUGCUGUUCUUGCGUCUUCUGGAGCAACUUGGUCCACAGCUUCUCUACACAAUAUUUUCGUCAGUCUGCGUGGUAGCCUCAAUAUUUGUGCGGCGCCAUGUGGUAGAAACAAAGGGAAAGACUUUACAAGAGAUAGAAGUUUCACUCCUGCAACCACAAUAA